AUGGAAGGGCCUCAUUACUCGCCUGAUGGUUUAACUUCAUCAACGAGUGCCACCGCCUAUCCUUCACCCAGUACCCGUUCCAGCACCGCACAACCAGAACAGCAGUAUCACCCGCAGGUUUUGCCACCCAUCAUUGAUCAGAGCAAGAACAGUCACGCGUGGAAAAUCAUGUACGGAGGCAACCACCCUCAGCCGCCUCACGGUCAGGCGACUCCAGGCGCCCCAGCUCCUGGCUCCAAUCUUCCCAGCUAUCACCAACAGACGACCCAACCCUCGGCGAGGGGUCCCGCAUACGCCAUGUCUGGCCCUCCCUCGUAUCCUUCUCCCCAUGCUUUCAGCAUGCCUCAGACGACGCAGGCACUCUCUCACCCGCAGCCCAUAGCACCGGCUCCUCCCGCCGGACGAGGAGCCCCAGUAUUACGCCCGAUGCCCGGCGUUAUGAAUCAGCAAGGCAUGAUGGGAAACCCCAUGAUGCAGCAAGGCCCUGGAUUGCAGGAGGGUGAUCAGCCAACCCAUGUUGUGGGUAGCCAGGGACGUCGCGGUAUUCUUCCCAGUGCUCCUGGCCGUGUCCCAGUCGGCCAGGUCAACAGCAAAGGCCAAAUAACGCCCGUAAAAGAUGCGGACGGCAAAUUCCCGUGCCCUCAUUGCACAAAGACCUAUCUGCAUGCUAAGCACCUGAAGCGCCAUCUUCUUCGCCACACCGGUGAUCGCCCCUACCGCUGUGUUCUUUGCAACGAUACCUUCUCUCGCAGUGAUAUUUUGAAGCGCCACUUCCAAAAAUGCUCGAUUAGGAGGGGAAACCCUGCCGGCGUUACCCACUUGUCCCUCCCUCAAGCUCACGUUAAGAAGAGCGCACCUGUUCAGAAGGCGCCUGCGCCCGUCGGAAUGGAGGGUGAUUUGAACCACCUCAACGGCGGCCUCGGCAACCUUCACGGUGACUCCAUGUCUCACGGAUACCCAAUGGUUCCAGUUCCUGACGGAUUGCCCAACCUCACAAAUGAUCAAGGCCAACUGCAGCGAUCCGGCAACAUGAGUAGACUAGAGAACAACGGAAACCAAGAUCGACAGGGCAUGGGUGGCGCCGUUAUGGGUUCUGCCCCCAGUCGUGGUGGUUAUGAGCAGCACUACGCCAGUAACGUUGCCGGCUCGAUGGCCAGCCAGCAAAUGCCAAGCUACAAUAUGCCUCCGGGCCAGAACGGAAUGCCCAUGUAUGCGGGCGGAUCGAACUCGAACCAGCAAGUUGACUGGAGUCAAGUGUUCCCAACUGGUGCGCAAGAUUCCUACGCCAAUGCCUUCCCUCCUAAUAUUGGUCAGACACAGAUUCCGGUCAAGCAAGAACAUAAUGUCGAGAACGAUCGAACAGACGGGGUCCCAGGUGUCAACCCUACCGACUCGCUUUUCUUCGCCAAUUACAUGCCGCCAACGACCCAAAACCCUUACGUCCUAAUCUCCAACCAGAUCCUCGCCUACUUUCAAUCAUCAGGCUCCGCGUAUCCGACUCACCCCGACCUUAACCUCGCCCACUCCUUCUUCUCCCCCGAGAACAUCCGAGAUUUCCUUGAUAAAUACACUCACUUCCAUAUUCACUUCCCCUUAAUCCAUGUCCCGUCUAUUCGCAUCACGGAGUUGAACACUGGCUUACUCGCAGGUCUUUGUUGUGUGGGAGCGUGCUACUCUGAUAGAGUUUCUCCUGAUCACGUCCGCGAUGUUAUGGACCUCGUGCGACCGGCAUUCGAGCAACAAUCUAAACUUCUCGCGAAAGACUGGCACCAGCAGACUAACUACCCCACGACACUGUCGAAGGAGGACGUAGAAGAGAUACAAACUACCAUCCUACUAUCCGCUCUCCACGUCUGGCAUGGAACACCACUGCAACGAGAAUGGGGCCAACGCACUUACGCGCUUCUCGCUCUUAUCGUCCGAUCCGCCGGCCUCUUACGCAUCACGCCCGAUUCCACGCCAUACUCUCCUCUUCAUCAACCUGGCUUCUCGCCUCAGAACUUUGACGUUUCGAGUUUUGACUGGUCAGCAUGGGUAGAGCAGGAGAAGAAGGUUCGCGUGGUUCACAUCAUCUUCCUUGCCGACACUGCCAUGAGCCUGUAUUUCAACAUGACGCCAAAACUAGACCCCUUCGAGCUGAAUAUCCCGCUCCCUAGCGACGACGGGGCCUGGGAUGCUCGGACCGAUGUGGAGUGUGCUACGGCAUUGGGACUGUACGGUCCUGAGGCCGCUCGGGAAAGGAGCGCAGAUGGCACGCAUCGCGCAAAGCAACCAGAAGCCAACCUCGCGCUCCAGGCACUUCUACACGGGUCAUAUCAAAUUCAACCCGGAAGGACGAAUCUAUAUGGCAAGUUUGUUCUCAUCCACGCGAUAUUAUCCAUCAUUCGCAAAGCGUUGGUGGACCAAAGCGCGGCCGCAAUGGUGAAGGAGAUGGGCACCCCUCCGCCUCACGAUUGGAUGGUCAGGGGGAGUGAUUCGAGUAAUGGUCGGGCGACUCCGGUAGAAGGUGCGGGGCAACAAAUACCCCUCCAGACGAGGCAAGCAUUAUCAACUGCGUUGGACAAGUUUAAGGCCAAUUGGGACGCCGAUAUGGUCACCCAAUUCCCGCCCCAACUCCAAGUCAAGAAUCCUCGCAGGUACGGCUUCUCAAGGGACGGCAUCCACUUCUACUGGUUAGCCAAGUACAUGCUCAAGCACACCCGGCCAUCGGAUCUUCAACUACCCCCAGAUGAUCGAUUCGCGCAAGUGAUGCAACUUUUGCGGUCAGUCAAAACGUGGGUGAUGACGGACGGGGCCUCAAGGGGCGAAGCACUCGGAUCUGUCGGAGACAUCAACAAGGACUAUGGUGUCUCGGAUCGCACACUUAAUAUGGCGCAGCUUUUCACACCCUUACCAAAAGUGGUAGAAGACCCUCGGAUACCCUCUGUUAAGACCGAAAUCGACACCGGUAUUAUAUGA